CUCGUGGUUUCACGGUUAAAUGCAGCGUCUCUGCGCCUCCAGCUGUCAGACUCAUGUUCGGAUGGAGAGCAGCUUCUGUCCGCCAACACUAAACUUCAGCGCUCUUUAACAGGUUGUUUAAAGGGCGGAAAACAGCAAACCUCAUCUUCUGCUGCCUCCUCCUCCUCCUCCCCUGCAGCCUCUCUUUCCUCUGGAGGAAGAAGGGCCAGUCGGCGUGCGCUGCGGUGGAGGAAAGGUGGUGCCGGCUGACAGAGAAACUGAACCUCCAAAAAUCUGAGAUAUCUCUUCGCAAAGAAAGGGCAUCGUCGAAAGGUUUCCUGGAGGUUGUUUUUGGAUUUGCGAGCGUAGAAGCCUGCAGCCAUGUCGCCUUUUCUGAGGAUUGGGUUCUCCAAGUUCGAGAUGGAUCCGGGCCUGGCCUACCAUGAAGAGGUGCUGAACGCAUACUGUGCUGUUCACAUGAAGGAGGCCAUCGAAACAGAAAAGGGCCAAGUGUACAAGCAGAAGAAGCCGACCAUGUACCCGCCGUGGAGCACCACGUUCGACGCCCACAUCCACCGCGGCCGCAUCAUGCACGUGAUGGUGAAGGACCGGACGGCCGAGCUGAAGUCAGAGACCACGGUGGCUCUGGACUCUCUGGCGACACAGUGCAAGAAGGAGAACGGCAAGCUGGAGAUUUGGCUGGACCUGAAGCCACAAGGACGUCUGAAGAUGGAGGCUCGGUAUUAUCUGGAGAAAUGUGACGCUGCAGGUCAGACUGAUGGAGAACAAGAGUCUGAACCGGAGCGAGAGGGUCUGUUCGCCCUCCACCAGCGGCGAGGCGCCAUCAAACAGGCCAAAAUCCACGUCGUCAAGUGUCACGAGUUCAGCGCCACGUUCUUCCCUCAGCCGACCUUCUGCUCCGUCUGCAAAGAGUUCGUCUGGGGUCUCAACAAGCAGGGCUACCAGUGCAGACAGUGCAACGCGGCCAUUCACAAAAAAUGCAUCGACAAAGUCAUCGCCAAAUGCACCGGGUCAGCCAUCAACAGCAAAGAAACAAUGAUCCACAAGGAGCGCUUCAAGAUCGACAUGCCUCACAGGUUCAAAGUCUACAACUACAAGAGUCCGACCUUCUGUGAACACUGCGGCACUCUGCUGUGGGGGCUCGCCAAGCAGGGGCUCAAAUGUGAGGAAUGCAGCAUGAACGUCCAUCAUAAGUGCGAGAAGAAAGUGGCCAACCUCUGCGGGGUGAACCAGAAGCUGAUGGCUGAAGCUCUCGCGAUCAUCGAGAGCAAACAGCAGGCACGAAGCGUCAGAGAAUCAGACAUUAUUGGUCGAGAAGGUCCAGUCACUGUUAGCCAACCUGGAAAGGUGCGAGCGCCGUCUGGGUUAGUAACGGGUGUAACAACCACAGCUACACCUGCAAACAAAGAGCCACAAGGUGUUUCGUGGGACGGACCGGCUGACAUCAUCAGGCCGCUCGCUGAGGAGGUGUCGGACGAGGAGCCUCUGUACGCUGUUCCCAAGAAGGAUCACCACCACCACCCCAAAUUCACCGUUGAUGACUUCGUCCUGCACAAGAUGCUCGGGAAAGGCAGCUUCGGAAAGGUGUUUUUAGCCGAGCUGAAGAAAAGCGGGCAGUUCUACGCGGUGAAGGCUCUGAAGAAAGACGUGGUGCUGAUGGACGAUGACGUGGAGUGCACCAUGGUGGAGAGGAGGGUCCUCUCUUUAGCCUGGGAAAACCCUUUCCUCACACACCUUUACUGCACCUUCCAGACGAAGGAGAACCUGUUCUUCGUGAUGGAGUAUCUGAAUGGAGGAGAUCUCAUGUUCCACAUCCAGAACUGCCACAAGUUCGACACGCACAGAGCCACCUUUUACGCAGCCGAGAUCAUCUGCGGUCUCCAGUUCCUGCACUCGAAAGGAAUCAUUUAUAGAGAUCUGAAGCUGGAUAACGUGCUGCUGGACUCCGCGGGUCACAUAAAGAUCGCAGACUUUGGCAUGUGUAAGGAGAACAUGCAGGACGACUUUCGGACGUCGACCUUCUGUGGGACACCUGACUACAUCGCUCCGGAGAUCCUGCUGGGUCAGAAGUACAACAGCGCUGUGGACUGGUGGUCGUUCGGAGUGCUGCUGUACGAGAUGCUGAUCGGUCAGUCUCCGUUCCACGGCCGCGAUGAAGAGGAGCUGUUCCAGUCCAUACGAACAGACAACCCUGUUUAUCCUCGCUGGCUCACCAAAGACGCCAAAGACAUUCUGAUCAAGCUGUUUGUGAGGGAGCCUGAGGAGCGUCUGGGAGUGAAGGGGAACAUCAGGCAGCACAACUUCUUCAGCAGCACCGACUGGAACGCCUUGGAACGACGACAGGUGGCGCCGCCCUUCAGACCAACUUUAUCGUCGCCCAGUGACUGCAGUAACUUCGACAAAGAGUUCAUCAACGAGAAGCCGCGGCUGUCGUGUGCCGACCGGACGCUCAUCAACAGCGUCGACCAGACGAUGUUCAGAAACUUCUCCUUCGUGAACCCGGGGAUGGCUCGCAUCGCGGCGCGCUGACCAAACGCGACCAGCAACCUACUACCUACAAACACGUCACAACCAGCACUUACUGUAACUAAAUCAAACUGCAGAGACUUUAGACCGCGAAUGUCACAAAACUGUAUUCAUAAACAACACAAGACAACAGCCACUAAGAGGACGUAGCACGUACAAACACAACCGUGACAGGAAAUUUGUCGUCUGACUUUUCUCUCUCUCCAUUUAAAAAUUCCAGAAAAAAACAAAAAUAUCCGCACCUUUACAUACAAAAAUCAACAGAUGAUCUCGAUUAACUCCCAAGAUGAAAAAAAAUUAAAAUAUUCAAGUAAUUACCUUUUAGACUUAACCCCUUACAGUAUUUAACCCCUUGACUUGACUUUGUGCUUAUCAGGAUGUGUUUAACAAUAGAAAAUGUAUUAAAACUAACUUAUGGUGCCUCAUAUAGGUUUAAGAGUUUACUUCUUCAAUUAAAACAAACUGGUUAAUAUUUGGUCAAAUUAAAACUUCUAUUGUUCCGUUAUGGCAUUAUUUCCCGUCCUAUUCCAUAGCUUAACGAGUCCUUUACCUCCAUGUUGGGUACAGAUGUUAAAAAAUACAUUUCAACAGCUAUUUGUUGUGUAAAUAAAUGUAAUGUUUAUUCUGUGGAUAUGCUGCACUGUGAGGUGGACGUACUGUAGAUCUGUUAAUGUUCAAUUACAGAGUUUUUGUUUAUGUGUCUACGUAUCUGUCGUACCUCAGGAGUUUUAUUGACGCCGUCAGUUGGAUCAGGUACUUCGAUCCCAGCGUAGUUUUUAUUGUUCUGUUCAUUGUGAAUCCUGUACAAUAAAAUCAGUGUUUUGUUGUUGUUUUUUUAAA